GGAAAUCAAACAAUGAAUACAGAUUUGAACGAUCCUACGUGUCAUUCCCAGAGUUUCAGUGAUUCAGAAAUCUGCCGGAGACUUUUGGUAAACAAAUCCCUGCUGCUAGCUGUCUCAUCAUUGAUGAGCUGUGGUCACCUUGGUAACAGUUGCUAACGGCAGAGGCAUGAAGGCUUUGAUCCUGGUCGGGGGCUACGGGACGCGGCUGCGACCGCUCACUCUGAGCGUCCCUAAACCGCUGGUGGAUUUCUGCAACAAACCCAUCCUGCUGCACCAGGUGGAGGCACUGGUCAAGGCCGGUGUGGAUCAUGUGAUUCUGGCGGUGAGCUACAUGUCGGAGUUGCUGGAGAGAGAGAUGAGAGUCCAGGAGCAGAGACUCGGGAUUCGUAUCUCUCUGUCUCAUGAGAAGGAGCCUCUGGGAACUGCUGGCCCCCUGGCGUUGGCUCGAGAGCUGCUGAACAUCGACAACGAGCCGUUCUUCGUCCUCAACUCGGACGUCAUCUGUGAUUUUCCCUUCAAAGACCUGCUGCAGUUCCAUCGCAACCACGGCAAGGAGGGAACCAUCGUGGUAACACGGGUGGAGGAGCCCUCUAAGUACGGUGUGGUGGUGUUUGAGAUGGACAGCGGCAGGAUACAUCGCUUUGUAGAGAAACCACAAGUCUUUGUCUCCAACAAGAUCAACGCUGGCAUGUACAUCUUCAAUCCCAGCAUGCUUAGCCGCAUCCAGCUGAGACCAACAUCCAUAGAGAAAGAGAUAUUUCCUGUCAUGGCACAGGAGGGACAGCUGUACGCCAUGGAGCUACAGGGUUUCUGGAUGGACAUCGGUCAACCUAAAGACUUCCUGACAGGGAUGUGUAUGUACCUUCAGUCGCUACGACAACAUGCUCCUGAGAGGCUACACACGGGACCCGGUUUCUUAGGCAACGUUCUGGUGGACCCUACGGCGCAGAUUGGGGAGAACUGCACCAUCGGCCCGAACGUCACCAUCGGUGCUGGCGUGGUUGUGGAGGACGGGGUGAGGAUAAAACGCUGCACGGUGCUCAAGGGAGCACGGGUUCGAUCGCACUCCUGGCUGGAGAGCUGCAUCGUGGGCUGGAGCUCCUCUGUUGGUCAGUGGGUCCGUAUGGAGAAUGUGACGGUGUUGGGGGAGGAUGUGAUCGUGAACGACGAGCUUUACCUGAAUGGUGCCAACGUUCUGCCUCACAAAUCCAUCAACGAGUCUGUCCCAGAGCCGCGAAUCAUCAUGUAGCACCGGGUGGAGCAGAAGAGCCCAGCGCUUUUUAUACGAACUCCACAACACCCACACUGUGCCAGAGAGAGCGGGACAGAAGGAUAGGAGGAGAGAAAAAAGAACAAAAGAAGGUUUUUUUUCUUUUUGUUUUUAUUAAUUUGGACUUGUUUUUAGCCCUGCUUGGCUGCACCGUCCAUAAAUCAGAAAUGAAGAGCAUAUGAUCUGUGAAAAAGCAGCCUGGCCCAUCAGGAAGGUUUACACUUGUUAAACUUCUGCAAGUAAAACAUCAAAUGCUAAUAUCCUGAAUGUGGCAGAUGAUCAAUGUCUCACGUGGACACUGCUUUAAUAGAGAAGAGGUGAUGGAUGGGGUGAUGGGUCUGGGCUGGUUGUGUGUCAGAUGGUGGAGGGACUAAUGUGAAGUGUAUUUAAGGGGGAGUGGGGUUAGAGAGCCAUAUGAAGACUGCUGUUUAGAUUCACUAUGCAUUUACAUUUCCUGGACAGCUACAGAGUAUCAGCGAAAAGGCACUGAAGGAUCAUACUCCAUCUACUGUAGCACAGACUGGAAUCAUGAUUGACGACACUGAGAUUUAAGAAAUGCAGGAAUGCAGUACUGAUUCAAGUUAAAAGCUGCAUUAACAGAUUUUGGCCUCUUGGGGGCAGCACAACACAAUGCUGUAAACAUGUGACGUCACCAUAAAGUUGUUAUGGCAAAUGCUUUUGCAGAGAGUUAUUUACACAUCCAGCCAACACAGAGGAACAUCAACAUCCUAUCUUACCAAGUUUGUGUCCACUUGAUGAGUUGAAUGUAAUUUGAUCAUUUUUUUAUAUAAAAAUAUUGAUUAGUGCAGUUAUAGAUUAAAUGUCGAGUAUGUUUCAUUGCCUUGGUAAACAACUUUUUCUGUUCUUUCUUUUUAUCAUGCAAACUGUGCACUUCAAUGACAAACUGGUUACUGCUGAACAAAAUGUUGCAGGCUUUUUAUAACAAACUGCAGUUUAUCAUGUUUGCUUACAGAUAUUUCAUUCAGAGGGUCAGGCCCCAUCUGGGAUAUUCUAUUUUGAAAUAAUGUGUUGUUUCAAUAUAAUUUCACCAUCUUGUUUAGUGUUACUUAAAGAUUACCUAAACACCUCCUGAAGAUCUGAUUUCGCUGACCUCCAGUGGUUCAACUUUCAGUCAGAGAAGACAAUAAAGCACUGCUUUUCAGCCUGCUGUUAAGUUGCUCUCUAGAUAUAACUAUGAUCUAUUUUUCUGAUUCAAUCCUCAAACUGAUGAACCCCAGACCAGGAACUACAUACCAACAACCUUGUUUGAUGGAUGAAAAAUGUAAAGUUUGUCCAAAGGGUGGUGCAAGGUCUCGCUGUUCCCUAAAAUGAAAAUAUUUUUCCUCUACACGGUGGCCAUUGUAGGACAUUUCAUAGUCAGCUCAUCAGAUGUGGCUCUGCUUUCAUCCGUCUAAGCUGUACUUUGUCAUCUCAGCUGUACAUCAGUUACCUCUAGCUAGCAUGUUAGCAUGCAACAAUUGCAUUUUAACAUGCUAAUUUGAUUGUAUAUUAUUUAGCAUGUUAGCUCACUAACAUACUAAUUUUACCAUGUUCCCAUCCCAGGGGUUCAAUUCCUGGUAGUGUUACAUCUGGCUUCAUUGUGCAGUUAGCAACUUUACCGCAAGGUGUGCUGAAGCUCCAAAAUCCAAAAUUAGCAUUCAUCUCAUGCUGAGGCUGUUGGGAAGUCAGUCUUUUAGAAGUAUCCUGUCAUGAACUGAAAUGUUUGACAAGGCAAACUUUGUCUUGUUAGUGACACUAGAUGUCAAUAAAAGUCAGAGGAUCACCAGUCAGUAGGAUUCAUCCUUUGGGGACCAUUAAUGGCUGAACCAGAUUUCAUGACAAUCCUUCGGAUAGUUGCUAAGAGAUCUCACUCUUCACUGAAGUGUUGAGCCGACAGAUGGACUAAUGGUACCGAAAGUAACAUCAGACAUUAUGAAUUAGGUAUAUUAAUUAAAGAGAGCCUGUUUAAGACAGAUUUGAUUGUCGUCCUUGUUGGAAAAAUGAGCCAUUUUAAUGUUGAACAGGGACAAUGUUACAUCAGAUGCCUGAUACAGUAAAAAAAAUGGUUAAAUCUUUACAGCUGAAGGUUUCUGGAGCUUGUCACCACAGGUGUUUUGCAGUUAGUAUUUAGAACACUGAACAUGUUAAGACUUUGACUGUGUCUGAAUGAAUAAGUUGUCGAUCCUUGUAAUGAAGUCUUUUUAAAGAGAAUAAUAUAAUCUACUGAACACAUUCACAUCCCGUCUCUUUCUGUGUGUCACUCCGCUAAGUUUGCACCUGAUCAUCAGUUUACUGGUCAUGGUUGGUUCUGCUCAGCCUGGAGGCAUCUUUAGCUCUGGAGGAGAAAAUAACCCUGAUUAUGUCACAGUGAUGUCACCAGGGUUUGAGUUUGGAGACCACAAAUGUAAAACAGAACGUCUGUGUUACAAACUGGAGGUGUCUGACAGAUGUUAAUGUUUACCAGGCAGAGAGGGUGUAAUGAAAGGUGCUGUGAAGUUGCAUUAUGGGAAAUUCAGUUUAUUCAGCUUCAGCAAUAUUAAGGACUACAAUUCAGGAUGCUGCUUUGAGUACACCAGUUUU